AUGAAUUGUCCCCAGAAUCAGCAGAGACCCCAACAGCCUGUUAUGCCAACACCAGCACCGACUCAACAGAACUUUAAUUCAGGCAGUUAUGGCCAGAGUGGUUGUGGUGGUGCUUAUCACUAUCAGGGUGAUGCUGCUCCUUAUGCUCCGGGACAGUAUCAUUAUUCCCAGGAUCCUUAUUCUCAGAGUGGAUAUUCUCAGGAUCAGGGAGGUUAUACUUCAUAUCCGUCUAUGCCAGCUAGCGGAUCUCAGUGGUAUCAGGGGGGUCAGCCCCAACAGAGCGGAGUUGCUGCUAGUAGUGCAGGGUCGUUUAGGCCGCCUGCUCAGGCAGGUCAAGGACGUACUCAUCAGGGACGAGGUAACCAGAGUGGCAGAGGUCGUGGAGGACGACAGCCAGCUCAGGGACGUGUUAACCACAUCUCGCUUGAUGGUAGAUAA